GGGAUGAAGGAUGACAAGGUACCUAGCGACUAGCUUAUCGAUUGUGUCUCAGCUGGAUCAUGGCAAGCAUGGCAUCUAAGUUCAACGAUAAGAGGCUCUACAUACCUAGUCCAGCUACCUAGGGAGUGUACCAAGGUACUUCGUAGGUACCUACCUACUUAAGUACCUACUCUAACGUAGGCAUGAGCCACAUAUCCCUUCACCAGCCACACAUCUAUAGAUUCCAUGUGCUAUCAAGCCACGAGCAAGAUCCUGCUAUCGGAACAACUGACGGCCAACCCAACGCCAACGGGGCAUUUCUAAAUUUUAUUGAAGAUACCGAUCGUGUCGUUGAGUGAAUCGCGAACCGCGACCCCACGACAACGACGACCAUCACAGCAGCCGAUCAAUUGGGGCGAUCUAUCACCUGGGGGAUUGGUAUUGGUGGGAGGACGGGCGCUCUCUCUCUCUUCGCCAAAUGAGAAUAUGGCUUCAAAAUUAAACCCCUGGAGGUCGUUACGCAGUUUGGCCGUCCGGACGCGACCAUCACAGCCCUAUCACCAUGCUCAGUCCACUAUAAGAGCCGCCCUACCUACGGGGAGGAGAGGUCUCACUAACGAUACAUCGAUACGCUCACCACCGGAUGGUGCCGAUCUCCCACCGCCGUCGUCGGCCAAAGAAUCCCUGCCCUACAUCGAGCCAUUCGCCGAUAAUUUCCUAAACGCCGAGGCUCUCGCCGCCCUUGAGAAGGCUGCCUCUGGCGAAGAUGCCUUAUCCCUUUCUGUAGAGGGCCUCAAAUACGGCAUGCCCACGCCGCCGGCCAAGCAUGAGCAACUCCAGGACCGCCACCAUCCCGUCAUUCACCAGGUCACGCGGAUGCUAAUGCGGGAUGGCAAGCUGAGUGCGGCGCAACAGCAUCUCUCCUUCAUCCUCAACUACCUCCGCACCAGCCCGCCACCCAAGGUCUCGCCCUUACGGCCUCUUCUCCCGGGCUCACCACCGCCCCACCAACUCCCACUUAACCCUCUCCUCUACCUCACCCUCGCCAUCGACUCCGUGGCCCCGGUAGUCCGGAUCCGCUCUUUAAAAGGUAUAGCGAGCGGUGGCCAAAACCUCGAUAUCCCCGUGCCCAUCGACUCCCGCGCCCGCCGCCGGAUGGCGAUCCAGUGGGUCCUCGACAUCGUCACCAAGAAGCGCUCGACGGGCUCCGGGCGCAAGCAAUUCGCGGCCCGCUUCGGAGCGGAGAUCGUCGCCGUCAUCGAGGGCCGCUCGGCGGCCUGGGACCGCAGGCAGAUCAUACAUAAGGCGGCCACCGCGUCCCGCGCCAACCUGGUGCAUCCUGCUCUGCUCUCUGGGAAGAGGAAGCCGAGAAGCAAAUUAUAAACGUAUGGGUCUGCAAUGAAACUUGGGGUUGUGGUGAAGGUUGAUAUGAUGGCAACAUCGACACUUGGUACGAGAACGACCUGUGGCCACGUCGAAGAUGUGCGAAAUGCACUGCGCGAAGUGCCGUCGGUCUUGCAUUUGUAUGAUAGGAUAGGAUCAUGUAGGACAUGAUGGAUAGCUUACCUGUCUACCGAAUACCUACCUACCUAACUUACUGUAUAAAGAUGUACAUUUUGCUCUAUAUCUACCUUACUUGACCUCCUUCGGGAAUCUUGUCGUGUUCAGCGUUAGCUGUUACUGGUCUUUUACUUCCAUGCUGCUGUGAGGUUGAAGGACAGACGAAUGUAUGAACUCAAGUAUGUA